CCUUUCCGAAGAAAACAACAAUCUUCAAGCCAAAAGAAAAUUCGGUUUGUUUUUCUUCACAAUACAGUCGCUCGGAUUAUUUCGACUUCAAGUGAAAAUAAAUCUAGAGAAUUUUGCAACAAACAACCAAUUCACGAAUAAGAAAAUUGGAUAAAGUGAAACGAAAACAAAAGAAUUUAGUGAAUAUAUUAAGUUGAAAAUAAAAUAACUCAUUUAAAAUUCAGUGGGAAGAAAAAAAGGUAGAGAGAGAGAGAGAGAGAAAAAAAUCGUUACGAGAACAUUUCCAAUAACGGUCUUUAUUUACAUUUUUGCAAAGAAAUCGCAUACUUUUUUUCCACUUUCGAUUGCUCAUUGUUGGAAUAUUUGCUUUGAAUAUUCUUUUGUUAUUUGAAUGAAUUUUAAAUAAGAAGAAACAUUCAAACGACGAUACCGAAGAAGUUAAACGCAAUCUUUCGUGUUAUAUAUAUAUAUAUGUGAUUAUUUACGGAUUCAACAAAUUUGUGAAAAAAAAAAUCGACAGUUGGAUCAUCAAACCUCUGGGUAGAAGACAGUUGAAGCGAUCACCACUUCCAACUUGGGGACCAUCGGAUAAACACCUUUGGGAUUUACUUUUUUGUGUGUCAUCUUUUGUUUGAUUGUGGUAACAUGGUUGGAACAACGAUUUGGUUUUCAUUCGCUGUUUGUUGUUUGGUAGCCAUUCAAACGGCCUUGGCAGGAGAAUCCAAUGAACAUAUUCAUAUAAAGUUGCAUGUACCGCAGAUUAUAAAGAAACAUACACAUACACGAACCAUUUACAAGCAUCAUUUUGUUAAACCAAAAUCGGGAAAAAGCUUGUCGCAUGGACCAAUUCUGCAAACACUAUCAGCAUCACCAUCAUCACUGAAGCUUAGCAGCAGUAGCAGCGGUAUUGGUAGCAGUAGUAGCAAUCUGUUGAAAGCGAUACCAUCGCUAAGCGAAAGUGAGAGCAUUGCAUUGGGUUUCGGAAAGAAUAUGUGGCGACCAUCGGCAUCCGAUUAUCGGACCAGUGAAAUGAAUUAUGUGCCGAAGAAAAUGAAAGUACCAAAAAAGAAAAAUCCAUUUAAGAUGCUUGAAAUGAUGGCCGAAGCACAUGCCGAAGGUCACGAAGUUCCACCGCACAUCAUGAAGAAAUUGAAACCAGCACUGGCCGACAAUGAUAAUAGCGAGACCAGCGAAUAUUUUCCCGAUUAUAUGCUAGCCAAUGCCGAUUUAUAUAAUUCAGAUGAUAACAGUGCAUCGGAUUCGGAUUCGUCAAAGGGUGCCGAUUUAAUUUAUGUUGCACCACAAGUUGAUAAAUAUAAAGCCAAGAAAACAUCAUUGUAUCCAUCGAAAGUACUGCUAACACCAACACUUGCCACAGCGCUUAAAGGUAAAAAACCAAGAAUGACCCAUGACUGGAUGCCGGGUACAUAUUCAACAUCACUCAGUUCAACAUCAUCGACCGCAUCGGACUCCGAUUCAGAUGAUGAAUCCGAAAUCAAACACACCAUUUCACAAAUGCUCAAAAGAAAUAAGCUACGAAAACCGAAACGAAUAACAUUGCCAACACUUCACAGCCCAUCCGAAGAUCAUAUCAACAUCUUGAAGAUGACACGCAAACCUAUGUCAAUUACGAAUUUCACUAAAUUUAAGAAUCGACUAUCGGCUGCUGCGUCCACACUAAAUACAAGCAUUUAACAAAAAAAAUAUAUAUAAUAAAUUUGAAGGAACGACAGGAGAAUAUUGUCACCGAUUGACAGACGUACGACGAUCAAAUUAUACUCGUUUUGGUUGAGAGCUACGAUAAACGCCUCAUUCAUUCAACAU